CAGGCGGCCACCACCCGGGGCGUGGUGGGCUACACGGCCGCCUCCGUCUACGGACCGCAGGCGUCCGAAGUCAAGUUUGCAGCAGAGAAGAGCUCAGCGAUCACGCCGCAGCAGGACAUCCAGCAGCAGCUGGACCGCCAGGCCAAGCUGCUUCAAGAAGACGAGCAGCGGGAACGAGCGCUUCUGGCUGCACAGGCGGAGCAGAGGGCGAAGGCCGCCCAGGAGCAGCAGGGCGCGGCGCGCGCCCCGCUCGAGGAUCGCGUGUCGGGCGAGGAGAAGCUGCCGCCCGAUAGAGGGGGCACGGACCAGCGCUCACAGAACGCUCAGCAGCAGGCGCCGCCAGAGUCCUUCCAGCAGCAGGCGCGGCGGCUGCUCUGGAGCCUGCAGGGGGGGCAGCCGCAGCAGCAGCUGCAGCAGCAGGCACAGCAGCAGCAGACGCAGCAGCAGCCGCAGCAGCAGCCGCAGCAGCAGCCGCAGCAGCAGCUUGAGCAGCUGCAGCAGCUGCAGCCAAUGCAGCAGCCAAUGCAGCAGCAAUCCUCGCUGCAACAGCCAUUCGAUGCUGCUGUACCACAGCCAGGCACGCAGCAGCUACAGCAGCAGCAGCCGAGGCAGUACGAGCAGCUACAACAGCAGCUGCUGCAGCAGCAGCAGCAGCAGCAGCAGCUGCAGGAACAGCUGCAGCAGCAGCAGCAGCAGCAGCAGCAGCAGCAGCAGCAGCGCCUGCAGUCCGUGGGCCAGUCAGCGCAGCCUCAGGAGACCUGGGCCCAAGAGGCGGAGCUGGCCAGCAACCCCCGGAUUCUAGAAGCAGUGGCCCGCUUGCGUGCGCAGCAGGAGCGCCUGCGGCUGCUGGAGCAGGGAAUCGUGCAGAACAUGUCCAUGCACUCGCACAGCGACCGCAUCGCUGCCGCUAGGGCAGCAAGCACGAGCGAGUACCAGCCACAGCACGAGCACUGCACUCCGCAGUGCAGUUAUAAGUGCGACGAGCCGCAGUGCGACGAGGAGUGCCACCAGGAGUGUGAGAGCCCGACCUGCCAGACUCGGUGCAGCAGCGUCGACCUGUCCGAGUGCAGGAUGAACUGCGGCAAGCAGCACUGCGCAGUCAUAUGCCCCGAGGUCACGUGCAUGGAGGAGGGAUGUCCCCCCUGCGAGACGAAGUGCUCGGAGCCGAUGUGCAUGCUCGAGUGCCCGAGGGCGCAGCCCUGCCACAACGCGUGCGAGCACCCAAAGUGCGACUGGAAGUGCAAGGCUCCGUCGACGUGCCCGAAGCCGACGUGCCGGAUGGCGUGCGAAACGCCACACGACUGCGUCGGCUCCACGUUCAAAGAGUUGCCCCCGCUUCAGCAGGGGGAGAUGCUGGUGCAGUCCUUCGCCGCCCCCGCAAACCUGCCGAGCCGCCACGACCAGCCCGCGCAGGAGACCGCUUUGCGAAGAAGGGGCGGCACCUCCUGGAAGCAGAAUCAGGCCAGCCGGCAGACCAUGCGCGUGCCCGUGCAGUCGCUGGCCUCCACCGCGCCCGGCCAGGAGGGGGUCGGCUGGCAGAGCGAGCAGCAGCUCGUGGACCUCCCCGUGAUGGUGCACGGCGGGCAGUGAGCGGCGCCGCGCACGCGAGGGGGGGGAGGGCAUGCGGGAG